UAGGAUAGUUCAGACACCUGGCAACCCUGCCUGUGGUUACUUACUGCUACAUCUUACAGGCCUUCCCUUCGCGUUCUAAAUCCGUUGCGUUCUCUCUGUGGUUUUAAAAGGCUUAUGACCAGAUAUGUCUGAUGAAGGGUACGUUGUACGAAUCAGGGGUCUCCCUUGGUCCUGUUCGGUGGACGAAGUGCAGAGAUUUUUCUCAGAUUGUAAAAUUCUUGGCAAUGGCGGCGGUGUCCAUUUCACCUCCACAAGAGAGGGUCGUCCCAGCGGCGAGGCAUUUGUUGAGUUGGAGGCGGAAGAAGACCUCAAGCAAGCCCUGAAGAAGGAUAAAGAAACAAUGGGGCACAGAUAUGUGGAGGUGUUUAAAUCAAACAAUGUGGAGAUGGACUGGGUCAUGAAGCACACUGGUCCAAACUGUCCAGAGACAGCAGGAGAUGGUCUUGUGCGACUACGGGGCCUCCCCUUUGGCUGCAGCAAAGAGGAGAUCGUCCAGUUUUUCUCAGGGUUGGAAAUCGUGCCAAAUGGGAUAACAUUGCCGGUGGACAUCCAGGGGAGGAGUACGGGGGAGGCCUUCGUGCAGUUUGCUUCACAGGAUAUAGCUGAAAAGGCUCUAAAGAAACACAAGGAAAGAAUAGGGCACAGGUACAUUGAGAUCUUCAAGAGUAGCCGCGCCGAGGUGCGAACUCAUUACGAGCCCCAGCGGAAACCCAUGAGCAUGCAGAGACCGGGGCCGUAUGACCGACCCUCUGGUGGGCGCGGCUACACUAUGAUGAACCGAGGUGGCUCCUACGACCGAUUGCGCCGCGGAGGAUAUGGAGGAGGUGUGUCGAGUGGACGAAGAAGUGAAAUCCGAUUUGGCGUUUCGGACAGCCGGUACAACGACGGCGGCGGCUCGUCUUUCCAGAGCACAACGGGCCACUGUGUCCAUAUGAGGGGGCUUCCUUACAGAGCCACUGAGUCGGACAUCUACAUUUUCUUCUCCCCGUUGAAUCCGGUGCGGGUUCAUAUUGAGGUCGGCCCCGAUGGCAGGGUGACCGGGGAGGCCGAUGUUGAAUUUGCAACACACGAGGAUGCGGUGGCCGCCAUGUCCAAAGACAAAGCCAACAUGCAGCAUCGCUAUGUGGAGCUGUUCUUAAACUCAACAGCAGGUGGCAGUAACGGCGCCUACAGCAGCCAGAUGAUAGGGGGGAGCCAAUCGUCUUACAGUGGCAGCCAGCUGAGCUCAGGCUAUUCUGGUGGAUACAGCAGCCAAGGAAACAUGGGUGGCUACAGUGAUUAUAGUAACCAGGGCGGAAUGGGAAGCAGUUACUAUGGUGGCGGUGGCGGAGGAGGCAGUAGCAGAAGCUCAAUGAAUGGACUUGGUGGGGGAUGGGGAAUGUAGUCUGUUUUUUUUUUUUUUUUUUUUUUAAACCACAGUUGUGCUGUUUAGUUUUUUUUUUCUGAAGAUUUGUUUUUAACUCUGCAUUUUGUUGCAAUGGCCAGAUAUGUCUCAUCCAUAAGUAAACACAAAGGUUAAGGUGAGGUUGUGAACAUAUUGAUGGGUGGGGUUUGUAAUUUUUUUACGAAUGCAUGAUCCUAAAACAGGAUAGAGAUUGUCUGCUCUCACAGUUGUCACCCAUUCUGCUCCAUUUUUAUGACCACAAUUUGCUGUUUAUUCUCCAGACACCCUAUACAACUCAUCCCGUGUUGCUGGUGUCUUACCACAUUUUGUAUGUCAGAGUGCACGAACAAAUCUAAGGUUUUAGACAUUGUUGCUCUCGUUUUACAACAGUGGUUUAAUUUACAGUGGUGCAAUGUAAAUCAAAAUUGUGCAUUGACAUUUGCAGCAUGUUUAAGGUGUGACCAGUUAGAAGGCAGUUUUUCUUGACGGGAACCAUCGGGACUAAGUAAAUCUGGAAUCAUUACAUGACCUGUCUUCUGCCUGUAAUGCUAUUUGUAUUUUCUGUGAGCAAAGUGAAUAAAGUAGUUGGACAGUCAA